CCCAUAAAAACUAUCAGAUGGUUAGAGGAAGGACAUGGAGGCAGCUACUUAGCUCACCUUAAUCGAGCCAGAGAGGAGAGAGGAGCUCGAUCCAUUGAGCUGGCGGAGGAAGAGGAAGUCUGUGUUCCUGUAGGCUGUGAAGAAGUGAAGAUCAGAGCUCCUGGAAGAAGAACAAGAAGAAGAAGGGUUGUUUUUAGAGAGGAACACCAACCAAGACUUGGCUUUUCCACCCUAAACCAGCGGAUUGUCCAUGCACCAACUUGUUCCUCCCUGUGUUGUAACUUCAUGACUUGUCCACACGUAGAGAGUCGCUAACUUUCCGGACUUCCACUCUCAGAUCUUUCAAAACACACACACACACAAAAGAGAACUACCUCGGUGCUGAAGUGAACGAGGACCAGGAAGCCUCCAGGAUGCCUCGCCCGGGCAGGAACACUUACAGCGACCAGAAGCCGCCCUACUCCUACAUCUCCCUGACGGCCAUGGCCAUCCAGAGCUGCCCGGAGAAGAUGCUGCCGCUGAGCGAGAUCUACAAGUUCAUCAUGGACAGGUUCCCGUACUACCGCGAGAACACGCAGCGCUGGCAGAACUCCCUCCGCCACAACCUGUCGUUCAACGACUGCUUCAUCAAGAUCCCGCGGCGGCCCGACCAGCCGGGCAAAGGCAGCUUCUGGGCGCUGCACCCCAACUGCGGCGACAUGUUCGAGAACGGCAGCUUCUUGCGGCGCCGCAAGCGCUUUAAGGUGGUCACUCCGGACCCGCUGACGGCGGUCGGUGCCAAACCCUCGGAGGCGGCGCACUACCUGCAGCAGCAGCACGCCAAGCUGCGGCUGAGCGCGCUGGCCGCCACCGGAGCGCACCUGCCGCCGGUGGCCGGCUACAACCUGGGCGCCGCGUCGCCCGCCUCCACCUUCAAGCACCCGUUCGCCAUCGAGAACAUAAUCGCACGCGAGUACAAGGUGCCCGGCGGCCUGGCCUUCUCGGCCGUGCAGUCCGUGUCGGCGGGCUACCCGCUGCACGGGCAGCUGAGCAGCGCGUGGCCGCACAUGUACGGAGCCGCGGACACGGCCGCGCCCAUCUCCAUGGCGAGCGGCGACUACGGCGCGUACGGCGUGCCCAUCAAGUCGCUGUGCCACGGCGGCCAGACGCUGCCCGCCAUCCCCGUGCCCAUCAAGGCCACACCGGCGUCUGUGGCCGGCCUGUCGGCGCUGCCGCACCACCUUCCCGCCUUCCUCUCGAACUCGCCGCAGUCGCUGAGCCCCACGUCGCCGCACGCCGCCGCCAGCCAAAGCAGCCCGGGCGCGCCGAGCGACGCGCUCACCAGCCCCGCCGCCCUGCAGUCCGUGGCCGUGCACUGA